AUGCUGCCCAAGGUGGUCAACAAGUUCCUGGACAGCACCUUACACAAAGUUCUUCCUGGCCUGCUGUGUCCAGCCAUUGAUGCGGUCCUGAUGUAUGUGAACAAGAAGUGAGCCAACCUGAAUGCCCCCCUGCCCGUGGGCCAGAUGGGCACCAUCAGAUAUGUCCUGGCAUCCAUACCGACCACCACAGCCAGCCAUAUUCAAGUGGACUUCAGUCCUGCGGUGCAGCAGGAAAAGGGCAACACCAUCCAGUUUGCUGAUGCUGGGGAGGCCGAGUUCCCCGAGGACUAUGCCGAAGGCUCCUCACAGCUGCUGCUCUCAGCCACCUUCCUCACAGCAGAGCUUGCUCUUCUGCAGAAGUCCUUUGAUGUGAAUGUCCAGGAAGUGACGAUUGGCGAGCUGCCCCCACAAACCACUGAGACACUGGCUGGCUUCAUCCCUGAAGUGGCUAAGGCCUAUCCCAAGCCGAAACCCCUGGUGACCCAGAUCAGGAUAAACAAGCCCCCCAAGGUCACCAUGAAGACAGGCAAGAGCCUGCUGCACCUCCAUGGCACCCUGGAGACGUUUGCUCCUCUGCUGUGGGGCAAAGCCCCUGUAUCCCUCUUUCUCCUGGAAAUUCACUUCAACCUGAAAAUCCAGUACUCAGUUCGUGAGGACUGGCUGCAGAUGGCCACCUCUUUGGACAGAUUACUGAGCCUGUCCCGGGGGUCCUCAUUGAUUGGUGCCUUCACUGAGAAGGCAUUGACUGGCUUCAUCACUGAUUUUCUCCAAGAAGCCUACAUCCCAGCCAUCAAUGUUGAGGAUGUGGUCCAAGUUGGGCUCCCACUUCCACUUCCAGACUUCUUGGACAUGAAUUACAACCUGGCAGAGCUGGACAUAGCAGAGAAUGCCCUGCUGCUGGACCUGAAGCUGGACUGA